CUCAUAUUGAAGAUAUGAGAAAUAGGAGCUGCAAAAUAUUCUAUCAGUAGCUUUCCAUCUAAAUUGUCAAUACCAGGUGGUUGCUCAUUAUUAACAUUACUGGCCAGCAACAAUUUGUUCACCUCUUCCACGCUAACUUUAUGAUUAAAAAACAAAAAAACAAAUGAAAUGUUAAUUUACGUUGCUUUUCUUUCAUAACAAUGAAGAUCUAACCAGAGUGAAGAGAGUCCAUGUAUGCAUGGGAUUGGUUAUGUGCACAUGUAGGCCUAUUUAACAUUCAUUCAUUCAGGCCACACCGGAUGCAUUGUUUUGACGCUGGCUUCGUUUCACUCCUAUUUGUCUAGUUGAUUGUGAGAAGUGACUCCUGAAAUGUAUGUGUUUCCUUGCAGAAAUUGCAUUCAUGUUUGAAACGAAUGGGGCUGUUGAAUUAUGCUGCUCCUGUGUUGUCCGGUACUUGAGUAGCUCGUUCCCCGGUGAGAAAGUCUCUCUGUGAGAGGAAUGGCUGGUUUGUGUUCAAGGUAUCGGAUGGUGAAGAGGAAGAGCUAGCUGUGUGUUGAUAGUCGGUGUCCUCCGGUACCGUGGAGAAUAAUGGAGCCUUUUCCUCAGAGGUACUGUAGGUUGAAAUCCACAGUAUCACUUUCAGGUUGAAGCUGUUGUUGCUCUAUUCUCAAACAACUGGUGCAUUUAUCAGGGGGCACUGCCAUCUAGUGGAGGAAUUAGUGAACGUCUGGUUUGCGUGACAUCACUGCAUUAUACAGCAGGUCUCAUGUGUUUAUGAUUCAUUGCUGAUUUUUGUUGUAUUCUUUUAGGAUGCACUCAUGCAUAUUGACCUGGAACCAUAGGUUCUGUGUCUAAAAUUGUCUUUCCAAACACUGUUGUCUAUGUUCUUUAAAGACACAGGAUUUUUUUGUAUUCAGACCAGUUGUUCUGCCCUUGCUCACACAGAGGCCAGGAUUUUUCUGCAUAGAAAAGUAUUGGGCAGGGAGCCUAAGUGUUUUUUUUUUCGGAUGGAAGAACGUUUUCAGUGUAAACUUAAAGGAAGUAAAACUAACAAUCACGUAAAUAAAAGCUAGAGAGUCAGGGAAAAUCCAAAAUGUAAAAAAAUGGAGUAUUUUUGUCAUGGCAUGGGGCCCACAUUGAUUUUGUUAUAAUGUUUGAGUCACUCUGAUAGCAUAAGCCAUGACAAAAUAAUUGCAGGAAAUUUGCUGUAAAACAGCUUCUGAAGUUUUUGGACUGUGACUGCACCAUUGGCCACUCCCAUGGCCACUCCCAUGGCCACACCCACCAACUAAGGCCCUUUCCCCCCCCUUUUUUUUAUCCAGAAAAAACGCAGUCUUUAUUUACAAUGCAAACACUGUAUCCUGAACCUAAACUAUACCCUCUCUGCUGGCUUCGAAGCCUGCAUUUGCAUGCAGCUCAUCCUGCACCCGCGAAUUUCCUUCCCUUUUUGCUCUGCUGUCUGUGCUGACAAAUUGCACAUCUGUUAAGAUAAAUGAUCUUGAAGGACAGAGAAUAACCGCCUGUAGAUGGAGUGUGAUAUUCCCCCAUGUCUCUCAUCACUCACCAGUGAUGGCGCUAGGCUCACUGACCUGUUAAGAUUGAAUUCACCGCUCAUCACUUUCUGUCUGACUCCUCCCACUCCCAGGCUGGGUGUCAUAUCAUGGUGAUAGAGAGGGUGUGUCCUUGCCUCCUCUCCCCCCUUUGGGAGGUGGAGCUGUCCAUCUGCUUUCUCUGUCGUCCCUGCUCUACGGGCUCACUGUGCUCAGUAGGGAGGGGCACCUAGCAUCACAACACAGCAAGCGCUUGUGUGUUACUGGGAGAGAGUGUGAACUGUGCAGCAGGAGGGCAGCCAUAGCCUGAGCCACGGGUGCUCACGCACCAGCGAGGGGAGAUUGUAGCUGGUACUGCUAGCUGCCUGCAGCGAGGGAGCUAGCUGGGAGACCUGUGGAGACGGGAGACUAUGAGGAGGGGGUCUGGACUGGACUGUCUGUCGACAUGCUGAGGAAACUCGUCUGCAGGAAGAUCUGUGCCUAUAAGAACUAUGAUGAUGAUGAUUCGGUGGACGGGGGGCGGUCCUCCUCUUCUAAGGGCCCGUCGUCAGGGAAGAAGGCAGUGAGCAUGGGGUCGUUCCGUAGGCCCAGCUCUGCUUCCAGCACCAAAUCAACAGGGAGAGAUGGUCCUAGUGCGGCUGCUGCAGGGGCUGUGGAUGAGGAGGACUUCAUCCGGGCCUUCGAGGAAGUGUCCACUAUGGAACUUUUCUCUAACAGGGAAAUGGAGGACGCCAUGACCAAGAUCAGAGAGGUGCUGGCCGACGACAAACGAGACUGGGAGCACAGAGUCACUGCGUUGAAGAAGAUGCGUUCUCUACUCCUGGCGGGAGCGGUGGACUUUGACGGUUUCUCCCAGCAGCUGCGUCUCAUGGAGGCAGCCUUCAAGAUGUCCGCUAAAGACCUGCGCUCUCAGGUGGUCAGAGAGGCCUGCAUCACUCUGGGCCACCUGUCCUACAUCCUGGGGAACAGGUUUGACCACUGUGCAGAGUCCAUCAUGCCCACUCUCCUAACCUUGGUCUCUAACUCGGCCAAGGUCAUGGCCACAUCCGGCAUCGCUGUCAUACGACUCAUCAUCAGGCAUACACACUACCCUCGUCUCAUUCCUAUCGUGACCAGCAGCUGCCUGUCGAAAUCUGUGGCCGUAAGAAGGCGCUGUUUUGAGUUUUUGGACCUCUUGCUGCAGGAGUGGCAGACCAACUCUCUAGAGAGGAAUGUAGCUGUUCUGACAGAGACCAUCAAGAAAGGAGUCCAUGAUGCAGACUCCGAAGCCCGAUCAGUGGCCAGGAAGUGCUACUGGACGUUCCACGGCCACUUCAGCCGGGAGGCGGAGCAGCUGUUCCAGGCUCUAGAGUCGUCCUAUCAGAAGGCUCUCCAGUCCCACAUGAAGAGUUCUGACAGCAUCCUGUCCCUCCCUGCCUCAGACCGCUCCUCCUCCUCCUCACAGGAGAGCCUCAACCGCCCUCAGUCUGCCAAGAGCUCCAUGGGAAACACAGUGACCAGGACGAAAGCGGCUCCCUCCAGAGGUCCCUCCACCCCGGGCUCUCUCCAGCGUUCCCGUAGCGACGUGGACGUGAACGCUGCUGCCACCACUAGUGCCAAGUCCAGGAUGACUCCCGUGCCCGGCUCACCCGCCCCCUUCAGUGCUGCAUCAGCUCUGCCACCCGGCUCCUAUGCCUCUCUAGACAACACACCUGGUAACAUUAGACCAGUGGGCCGUGUGCGUACCAGGAGAACGAGUUCGGGGAGCAGCGUGAGUGCGAGUCCCUCUGUCAUAGACAGUAGGGGGAGGAGUCGAGCCAAAAUGGUGUCAGUGUCUCAACCUGGCAGUCGUUCUGGCUCCCCUGGUCGUCUCCUGAGCCAUACAUACGGCAGGAUCUCCAGGGCCACUGGAGGGACAACGCCAGCAGAAAGGAGGCCUAAAGUCCCCCGCAGCCAUGGCUGCAGCCGAGACACCAGUCCAGACAGAUCAGGCCUGGCGAGGAGUCGUAUCCCCCGGCCCAGCAUGAGUCAGGGCUGCAGCAGGGACACCUCUAGGGAGAGCAGCCGAGACACCAGCCCCGCUCGGGGAUUCUCUCCUCUGGCGUCCAGACGUGUCUCCCGCUCCACCAGUGCUCUCCACUCGGCUGAGUCUGUGGGCCACUCAGAGCGUCUAGGUCUGGCCCACCAGGCCCGUAUCUCAGCUUCUGUCAACGCCAUGAGGAUCCUCAACACUGGGACCGAGGUGGAGGCAGCUGUAGCCGACGCCCUGUUACUAGGAGACGCCAGGAACAACAAGCGGCGACCAGUCAGACGGCGGUACGAGUCCCCGGGGAUCUACUCAGACGACGACGCUAACAGCGACGCCAGCAGCGCCUGCUCUGAGCUCUCGUAUGGCUCGCGGAACGGCGGCCCGCCCCACUACAUGAGACAGACGGAGGACGUGGCCGAGGUGCUGAACCACUGUGCCAGUUCCAACUGGUCUGAGAGGAAGGAGGGGCUGCUGGGACUACAGAACCUGCUCGUUAGCCAGAGAAUUCUCAGUCGUGUGGAGCUGAAGAGAUUGUGUGAGAUCUUCACAAGGAUGUUUGCUGACCCACACAGCAAGGUGUUCAGCAUGUUUCUGGAGACCCUGGUAGACUUCAUCACCCUGCACAGAGAGGACGUGCAGGACUGGCUGUUUGUCCUGCUCACCCAGCUGCUGAAGAAGAUGGGAGCUGACCUCCUGGGUUCCGUACAGGCCAAGGUCCAGAAGGCUCUGGACGUCACCAGGGACUCGUUCCCGUUGGACCAGCAGUUUAACAUCCUGAUGCGUUUCAUCGUCGACCAGACCCAGACCCCCAACCUGAAGGUCAAGGUGGCCAUCCUGAGGUACAUUGAGGGCCUGGCCCGUCAAAUGGACCCCGCAGACUUUGUCAACUCCAGCGAGACGCGCCUGGCCGUCUCCCGCAUCAUCACCUGGACCACGGAACCAAAGAGCUCCGACGUCCGGAAGGCGGCUCAGGUGGUUCUGAUCGCCUUGUUUGAGCUGAACACCCCAGAGUUCACCAUGCUGCUGGGGGCCCUGCCCAAGACCUUCCAGGACGGAGCCACUAAACUGCUGCAUAGCCACCUGCGGAACUCCAGCAACACCAGAGAGGCUUCUCCCAGUAGCACCAUGGGACGGACUCCUCCCCCACCUCGCCACCCCAGCAGUCGCAGCAGCCCCCUCACCUCUCCCACCAACUGCUCCCAUGGGGGGGGGCUCUCUCCCAGCCGGCUAUGGGGUUGGAGUGCUGAUGGCCUGUCAAAGUACCCCCCUCCCUUCCCUUCUCUCUCCUCCACCCCUGCUGCACCCUCCCUCAAGACCCUGCGAAGUGCUUACUCUCCCAGCAUGUUGGAGUACGACACAGAGAACCUGAACACCGAUCAGAUCUAUAGCUCCCUGCGAGGCGUCACUGAGGCCAUCCAGAACUUCAGCUUCCGCAGUCAGGAGGACCUCAUGGAGCCAGGCAGAGGCAAGAGAGAGGACACGCCGGGUGUUGGAACAGCAUCACACUCUGGUGUUGAUGUGGUGGAGGGGCCCGGGGGUCGCACGGCCCUGGACAACAAGACCUCCCUACUCAACACCCCCUCCCCCCGUUCCUUCUCCGGCCCCCGGGGCCGCGACUACAACCCCUACAACUACUCUGACACCAUCAGCGCCUACGACAAGGCUGCGCUGAGAGAGACGGUGUACGAGGACGACGUGGAGCAGCUUCGAGAUGGCCGCCAAGAGUGUGGUGGAGAAAACAAGAUGCUGCACACCAAGAACAGUUCCCCUGCAGAGCAGCUGGGACUGGUGGCUGAGCUGCUGAAGGAGCUGUCUAGCCCCAGUGAGAGGCCAGAGGAGAGGAGGGGAGCCCUGGUGGAGCUGCUGAAGAUAGCCCGGGAGGACAGCCUGGCCGUGUGGGAGGAACACUUCAAAACCAUGCUGCUCCUGCUGCUGGAGACUCUGUCAGACCAAGAUCACACCAUCCGGGCCCUGGCGCUACGAGUGCUGAAGGAGAUCUUACGCAACCAGCCGGCCCGCUUCAAGAACUACGCAGAACUCACCAUCAUGAAGACCCUGGAGCUACACAAAGACUCCCACAAAGAGGUUGUGCGGGCAGCAGAGGAGUCAGCCUCCACCCUGGCCGGCUCCAUCCACCCAGAACAGUGUAUCAAGGUGCUGUGUCCCAUCGUGCAGACGGCUGACUACCCCAUCAACCUGGCUUCCAUCAAGAUGCAGACCAAGGUGAUAGAACGCAUCACCAAGGAGUCCCUCCACCAGCUGCUGCCUGACAUCAUACCAGGACUACUGCAGGGGUAUGACAACACAGAGAGCAGUGUGAGGAAGGCCAGUGUGUUCUGUCUGGUGGCUGUCUACUCUGUCAUCGGUGAAGAGUUGAAGCCCUACCUGGCCCAGCUCACAGGAAGCAAGAUGAAGCUGCUGAACCUGUACAUAAAGAGAGCCCAGACGUCCACCAGCAACAGCAGCAGCUCCUCAGACAUCUCCUCAUACUAAUGAACAUGGCCCUCCGGCUCCAUCCGUGUGUGUGCAGGUACAUACAGUACAGGGUUGUGUUCAUAGGGCACCAAACGGUGCAAAACAGACUGAAACAGGAAUGGACUACGUGGACUACUGGUCCAAUCAGAAACACUAAUUGUAUUAUAUUUUUACCGUUUUGAAAUAUUUUCCAUGGCGUGCCCUAAUGAACGCGACCCAGAUAGGGAAACAGUUGUGCCUCAAUCUUUCUUUCCAGACUUCCUUGUAGUUUUAAUGUAUUAUAAUAAAGGCUGUAGGCUGUUUUUGUUGGGAAACCCUACGCCUGUCGCAAUCAACAUUUUAUUUCCUUCUGUUUUGUCGUCUUGUAAAUACUUUAAUUCCACAUUUUAUUAAGAUUUGAAUGCAACACUACUUCAAUACCUAGUCAAAUGAAUGUAAAGAGCAUUGAAGGAAACCUGAGUCCUUUAUAAACCGUCUGAAAGGUUUUAAUGUUGAUGGAAGCAGAGUGUCGCUCUGUACACGACCGCCUCAUUGCCUCUAGUGUUCCUUCUCGCAAUGGAUAGAUAGGCUUAUUUGGAAACGUGUUUGGUUAUUUGUAAAGGGGCAAUUUAAAGAUUUCGAUAGUAAUUGUUCCAUAGUAUUUGGCGUCUGAAGAAUUUGUUCUUCGUGGUGACGCUAUGUUUUUAAGCCUGUAUUUAAAGAAUAUUCCUUGUAGAAUUUCUCAGUUAGUGAGAAUCUAAAAACGUUCAUUUCCAUUAGUGGGAGAAGAUCAUUUGGCUGGCCAAUGAUUAGUACAUGCAGUGAAAAGCUGUGUUGAAUAAGCCUCUGUUAACUGCCUAUGUGUGUAACACCUGUGUUUCGACUGUGUGGUUUGGGCCCCAACAACUGGUGAAGGAAUAUUUUCCAUUUUCGCAAGGAUUACAUUAUCACCCUUCAUAUGUUAUUAUGAAAGGGGAGUUAUUGGUUGAGUUGGUAGAGGUUUGGGUCUGCUGUUUUUUGUGCUUUAACAUUCGGGCACGUUGUAAUGAGUCAAAACUACUGGGAUCUGAAGUAUUCUUGCAAUGUAAAACCGCAAUGAAGAGUCCUAGAAUUUUCAAAUGUGAACUAUUUUGUCUAAAAAUAAAAUAUGGGCAAUACCUAUUUGUCAUAUAGUAUGAAGACCUUGACAAUCUGACAUAUUAGUCGAUAAUCUAAGGACAUUGUAAGUGCCAGUGCUCAACAAAAAAUCUUUACCAUUUUAAAGACACAAGAGGCAACAAAAUAAAAAGAUAAGAAGUUUUUGUCUUUUGAAUUGAAUGCAGCAAUAAUGAAUUAGUAACAAAAAAUCCAAAUACUUGGAUGAACUUUUUUGUCAAAGCACUGUAAAUGACCAUUGUAAGUUAACCGUCCUUGUUUGAAAUGUAUAGAUGCCAUUUUUUAGCGCUCCUAUGAAAUGUUACUGCUGCUUUAGAAAUACUAAUCAUGGCGUUAAACCUAAUGUAUUUUACUCUCCUUAUUAUGAAUGUUAAAGGUACAGUUUCGGUUAGAACUACAAUUCAGAGUUUGGGUCAAUUCCAUUUCAAUUCAACCCAUUCAGAAAUUCCAUUUCCCAAUUUUCCCCAAUGCUUGUCUAUGGGGAUAAAAAUGAAAUUGGAAUUUCAGUUUACUUCCUGAUUUGAUUGAAGUGAAUUGAGCCCAACCCUGUUAAUUUAAAGUCAAGAUAAGUGUGGCGUGUUACUGAGAACACUAUCGGGCCUUACUGUUUCUGUAGUACAGUUUCACUACAUUGACUGUUAAAUGUACUGUAACAGUGCACAAUAAUUCUUUUUUUCUCAAAUGUGAGAAUUCUUAGCAAUUUUAUCAGCUAUGGACUGGAUGGAACAUUGGCUAGGACCAAGUCCAAAAUGUUGUCAAGUACAAACACAGUAUUUUUUUUGUUAGACCUGCCUGUUGCAAUUGAAUCAAAAAUGAAACUCAAAAUUAGUGUUUUGUACAGUACUUUUAAUCAUUGAUUCACAAACUUGUUAUAAAAAGAGAGUCAGAGAGAGACCUCAUUUGCAUGCGAGGGAACUUGCAAUAUUAUACCCAGCAACCUCAAUGAUUAACUAACAUUGCCAACUCUGACUUUAUGUUGAAGAAACGUUGCUUCUAAUCUAUGAAUGUCUGGUCAGCUUGUAUUAUAUAACACACACACACACUAUUGAUAUCCAUCACAGCUACCAAGCUAGGGCUGAUUUAACAGACCAAACAUUGUAUACUAUACUGUAACUGUAUGCUGUGUGCACACAUUGGCCUGUAUCAAAAACCAAACCCUAUUAUCCUCAAGCCAUGUAUCUUGAGCGUGUAUUUGCUUGUGCCUUGUUUUUUUACAGUACACCUGCCUGGCAAUAUUAAUCCAUACCAAUAGCUUCUGAAUACUGCUUUUGAAUUGUUAUUUUUGCCCCUAUUUUGAAAUACUGUAUUAUAUGUCAUGAAUUAUACAGGAAAUGUGUUGCGUUGAAGACCAAGGUUAUGUCCCAAGUGGCACCCUAUUCCCUACCCAGUGCACUACUUUUGACCAGAGCCUUAUGGGACCCGGUCAAAAGUAGUGCCCUAUAUAGGGCAAUAGGUUCCAUUUGGGAUGCAUCCCAAGGCUGCUAUAAAUAAAGCCAAUAGUUUAAUAGCAGUAUUUUCCACAGAUGUAAUAUUGGCUUGGCUGUUCUAUUCCUUGUGAACCACUUACAAUGCAUGCUUCUUUUAUUUAGCUUCAGUCAUUGUUUUAUCCCUCCCGUACCUAUAUUUAUAUGCCGUCUGUUAUAUUUUCUGUGUAUUAUGACAACUGUACAUAUUUCAUGUUUUGUUCACUUCUUUCUCCCGUGAUAGAAUUUGUUGAAAUUUAAACUUGAAAUAAACCAACUUCAGUCCCUGUCUGAAGCAUGUAAUCACA